GUGGUAUCUUGUCCCGCGGGUGUUGAGGAAUGUGUCCUCAGUGGAUCUCUCUGUCUCCGUGCUGGGACAGAAGCUUAGCAUGCCGCUCUGUGUUGCAGCUACAGCCAUGCAGAGGAUGGCUCAUCCUGACGGAGAGACAGCUACAGCGAGAGCAUGCCGAGCAGUGGGGACAGGGAUGAUGCUGAGCUCCUGGGCCACCUCCACCAUAGAGGAAGUGAUGUCAGCAAUGACCACCUCGGCAGGCGGCGUCCUGUGGCUGCAGCUCUACAUCUACAAAGACCGAGAGCUCACACUGUCAUUGGUCCGCCGGGCAGAGGAGGCGGGCUACAAGGCCAUCUUUGUUACCGUGGACACGCCAUACCUGGGGAGGAGAUGGGACGACAUGCGCAACCGCUUUAAACUGCCCUCGCACCUCAGCAUGUCUAACUUCUCAUCAGCCUCCCUGGCGUUCUCUGAGGGAAACUAUGGCAACGACAGUGGUCUGGCGGUUUAUGUUGCAAAAGCAAUAGACCCCACUCUGUGCUGGGACGACAUCACAUGGCUGAAAAAACACACGCGCCUUCCUGUGAUUGUGAAAGGAGUACUUAAUGGUGAGGAUGCUGUCCAAGCUCUAAACUACGGUGUUGACGGCAUCCUGGUGUCCAAUCACGGAGCUCGACAACUGGAUGGAGUUCCUGCCACG